CAAGUGAUGCGCAGUAGCUAGAUCUACAUGGAAAUGGCGCCUGCGUUGAACUCCAGCAAGUGGGCAGAUAUCUCGUAGCGAGUGAAACUAAUUCAGUAGACACGGUCCUUCAUACUUAAACAUUUGUGGGUUUUCGACAGUUGUCCUAAAAAAAACAAGUGUUUACAAGAAAAUCGGAUUAUUAUGACAGGGCCGAGGAAGAGUCCCAACGGAAAAUAUAUCACAUUUGAUUAACUACUAACGUCGUUGGUAGUGCGACGGUCAACAUCAGGUAACGUAUAUGAACAUGCGUGACCUGGCUGCCCAGGUCACCAGCAGCCUGCUGCGUUUCCCGGGGGUGACUGUAGAUGCUCUGGGUGAGGAUGAGAUCACCCUGGACUCUGUGCUUCAUGGGAAGUUCACUGUUGGUCGUAGCGGGCUAGCUUGGCUCGCCUGUGGGCCCCAGCUGGAGGUGGUCCAUGCGGUGACGGGUGAGCGCCUGUCCGCCUACUGCUUCUGUGGCGAUGGAGAGCACCCUCCCAGCGUGCUGGCAGCCAGGGACUUCUGCUGGCUGAAAAGGACCGGGCUGCUGGUGGGCCUUGAGGAGGCACAGGGAAGCAUGCUCUGUCUCUAUGACCUGGGUAUCUCCCGAGUGGUCAAAGCCGUAGUCAUACCGGGCAGGAUCAGGGCCAUCGAGCCCCUGGUGAGCUAUGGCGGGGCCAGUGCCAGCACACAGCACCUCCACCAGAGCCUGCGCUGGUUCUUUGGCGUGGCAGCGGUGGUCACGGACCUGGGACAUGUCCUCCUAAUGGACCUGUGUCUGGAUGACCUCUCCUGCAGCCAGAGUGAGCUGGAGGCCUCAGAUCUGGAGGUUGUGAGUAAGUCCCUAGCUGAGAUCCCCCGGCUACGUGAGCAGGAGACGCGUCAGGGGAGACAUCUCUGUCUGCAGCUGAGCAGCCCCACGGGCACAGGGGCCACGGCUCUGCAGUACAUCCCCCGCACCAACCAACUGGCCGUGGGCUUCUCCGACGGAUACCUGCAACUCUGGAACAUGAAGACGCUCAAGAAGGAGUAUCACUCCCAGCUGGAGGGCGGCAGGGUGCCAGUGUAUGCCUUCACAUUCCAGGAGCCAGAGAACGACCCCCGCAACUGCUGUUACCUGUGGGCCAUCCAGUCUGCCCAAGACCAUGAGGGAGACGUGGUCAGUCUGCACCUGCUCCAGCUGGCCUUCAGUGAGAGGAAGUGUUUGGCCUCAGGAAAGAUCCUCUAUGAGGGUCUGGAGUACUGUGAGGAACGGUACAGUCAGGAGCUGAGCAGCACAGCCUUCCCCCUGAGGGCUCAGGCCACCAACACCCGCCUGCUCAGCUGCCAAACCAUCGAGAAGUUCCGACACCACCCUGACAGAGACGACAGCAUGAACGAAGUUGCGUCUCCAGACACCAGCGUGUCCAUUUUCAGCUGGCAGGUGAAGGCCUACGGACAGGGCAACCCCUCCACUUACAUCGGCGUCUUUGACAUCAACAGAUGGUACCAUGCACAGAUGCCUGACUCUCUGAGAACGGGGGAGUCUCUGCGCAGCUGUCCCUACCUUGCCGUGUGGUCUCUGGAUUCGGUGGUGGAGAUGACGUCACCCUGCCCCCUGUUGGACGUCCUGGUGCACGAGCGCAGCCUGAGCCGCGGCCUGCCCUACACCUGCCCCCCGCCAGAACAGUUCUUCAAACCCACCACAUACAACUUCGAUGCAACCUGUUUGCUCAACACUGGUAUUGUGCACUUAACUUGCUCUGGGUAUCAGAAAGAGACUCUGAGCUUCUUGAAGAAGGCUGCUCCCUGCUCCAGUGAUGUCAUCUCAAAUGGCUACUCUCGCUGCCUGAUGUCCGGCCUGCUCUCCUCUCGCCUGGCUGACGUGCAGCCCUCCAGCCUCUCUCAGGAAGAGCAGUUGGACGCCAUCUUGUCUACAGCCAUAGAGACCAGCUCCUUGGGCCUGAUCACCAGCUGUAUCAAGCAGUGGACCGCUGAGGAGCAACCAGGCUCUGCGGUGAAUCUGCGCUACAUUCUGGAGUGGGCCUGGGACAAGGUGGUUCACACCAAGGAGCAGCUGGAUGGCAUAUGUGCUCCCCUGUUUGACAGCUCAUCUAACUUCACGGACUCCCCGACCCUUCAGCUGCUGCAGCACAGCCAGAGGCUACUGGGGAACCUCAGCACCAUCUUCCACUGUCUGCUCAGAGAGGCACAGGAACUCACUCAGCGAGGUCUGCUGGGUCUCGUCAAUAAGAAUCUGGUGUCCAGCCUUAUCUCUCAGUACGCCCAGGUGGUCCUCUGGUUCUGUCGGACUGGACUCCUGCCCGAGGGCUCCGAUGAGGAUGCUGUGCAGAUCCCUCGGCCCUUCUACAGCUACUCUGUGAACCAGAACUACUACACCAUCCGCAGAGAGGAGCUGCAGCAGCUCUCCAAGGGGAAGUGGUGUGCAGACUGCCUGAUGAUUGAUGGCUUAGUCGCCCAAUGUGGUGAUCGCUUGGUUGACCUGUGGAAACGGGACGAGGGCGGGACGGGACAGUAUCCGCCACCUACGCUACACGGCCUGCUGGAUAUUUACCUCCUGGAGAACAUAGAUGAAUCUGCUAAGCACGCCAUCGUGAUCUACCUGUUGUUGGAUGUGAUGUAUUCCUUCCCCAACAAGAGCGGUGGGUCUGUGGAGUCCUUCCCCACUGCCUUCGCCAUCCCCAUCGGCCUGGUCAAACUGGUGCAGGGCUUCUGGCUGCUGGACCACCACGACCACCAGAACUCCCUGGAGAUGCUGCUGCACCCCACCACCUCCCCGUCCCUAUGGGGCUGGCAGCAUGAUCGCAUCCUGCAAGCUCUCAUGUGCCAGGGGAAACACGGGAUCGCCCUGCGCUACCUCCACGUUAUGAAGCCCCCCCUCUCUUCCACCGCUCAGGCCCAGCUCUGCCUGGCUGUGUUGCUACACAACAGGUGUCUGGUGGAGGCCUGGGCCAUGCUGAGGCAGCACUCCAACAGCCUGAACACGGAGGAGUUGUUAAGUUUCCUCUACCAGACCUGUCAGGAGCUUGGCCUCAUGAAGGAGCUGCUCAAACUGCCCCUGGGUCUGGCUGAACAAGAGUGCUUGGAGAGGUUCCUGCAGGGUACAGGGGGUCUCCAGAACAGAGAGCUACUGAUGAUGCACUACCUGCAGCAGGCUAACUACGUCCCCGCCCUGCAGCUCAACCACACCCUCAAGAUGAACAUGGUGAACGAGAGGGAUCCCAAGCUGAAGGAGAGAACCAAAACCAGGAACUCAAUCCUGGACCAGUACGGGAAAGUUCUUCCUCGGUUCCAGAGGAAGCUGGCCACGGAAAGAGCUAAGCCAUACCACCACCCCGCCACCAUCCUCAGAGAGGUGUCGCGGCCACAGCCGCUGUCGACCAUCGCCAAGCGGUCGGCCAAUGAGAACGUGCUGACCAGAGCGGCGUUCAUCAACAGCGUCCUGUCGAAGAUCGAGGAGGUGUGGGUGGGGAAGAACCCCACGCCCCAGUCCUCCCCACUCAAGAGCCCCAGGGCAGCGGAGGUACUCUUCCCCUCCCAGGAUCUGCCCGAGGCCUUCGUGGGCACGCCUAUCACCAUGGCCUCCAAGAGGAAGUCCAGGGUGUUGGACCUAGUGGUUCACCCCUCUCAGACCACUCCUCCAGAGGGGGCACGACCCCUGCUGACACCCCCUAGGGCAGCUAGCUCCUGGAACCUCCCCAAAAGCAUCAACAAGGCCCCUGAGCUCAGCCUGCUGCAGACCCCACAGGUGGUCAAGCGAGCACGAGCCCUGGCAACGUCCGGUCCUUUGUUCUCGGCCUUCACCCCUCAGUCCAUCCUGCGGAGCAGCCUGCGCCCCACCCCCUCUGCCUCUCCCGGGCGCUCUGUCACCCCCCCACUGUGCCCCAAGGAGAGCCGAAUCACCUUCAUCGAGGAGACUGCCUCGCAGUCAGAGAAAGGCACCCUCCACUGGAGCAACGGGAUCGCAACCGAGAAUGAGAUUAGCCUGCUGACCAGAGGCUCUCCACUGUCAAAGGCUGGACCUGAGGCCUGGACCUCACACUCUGCUGACUAUGAUGAGGAAGGGCAGGAAGAGGAGGUGAAGGUCACACAUGUGAAGUUCCUGCAACCACCGGUCCGCGAGCCCUCACCAGAGAGGGGAGAGUCUGAGAGCGGCUUCUCUGUCGUGGUAACUGCAUUGCCUAGCACGUUGCCAGGACGACUCAGCCUUGGUUUGGAGACGAGCCAGGCCUCUGUCCUUUCAACGGACACCACGCUGGAGUUCCAUGAUGCACCUCUGCCUGAAGACCUGGAGAUGGAGGCGCUUCAACAUCCAGCCAAUGAGGUCACAGAUGAGGAUGAUGAUGAAGUGGUGGUUAACCUCAAAACUCAAGCAGUACUGGAAGCCCCACUCUCAAAGGAGGAAGUGCAGCCUGCAGCAGCCAAUGAGCUGACUCUCCUCCUGUCACUGGAGGAAGGGCAGAACAAGGACCUGGAAGUAAAGGAAGAGGUCAGCAGAGAAGUGGAGCUGGACCAGGAAGUAGGGGAGAUGGAGGUCAGCCCUGAACAAGAGUCUAAGGCUGAAAAGGAAGUUGUAGUCCAACCAAGGGUCACACGGGCAGUAGAACCAACUCCUAACACGGAGGUGGUUGAGGAAUCUGAUCUUCACCAGGAAGUUAUUGAUAUGCCCAACCAUGAGCUUGAGGUGGAGACUGCGAAGGUGGUGGAGGAGGAGGAGACUCCCAAAGAGGAUGAAUCUCAACCCACUGAACCAAUGAAACCUGUGGAUGCCACAGAACACACUGAUCUGGAUGAGUUUGUGGAGCGCCAUCUGUUUGGCAACGACCUGUCUCCUCCCCUGACCCGCUCGGGCAUCCACAAGGCUUCUGACAACUGGACAUCCUUCAACAGUGAGCCUGUGUGUGACGUGGUAAAGGAGGAGUCUACUCCUACAGCCGUCCCCCUGGCCCUCACCACCCAGAAGUCUCUGGUGUCCAUAGCCACCUCCGACCCCACGGGCACCGACUCCCAAUCUGUGGUGAGCCUGAACGACAGUGAGGAACUCUCUAGUUCUGUGUUGGAGGAGGAUGAUGAUGAAGAUGAGUCAGAUGGUCCUGCUCAGCAGGACUCUGGCAGCGAGGUGGAGGUCAUCGAGGAGGUGCAGGGGAACGGGAGGCAGCGAGCCCCCUUACCGCCCCCCUCUCUCUUCCUGGACCAGCUCCCGCAGCCACACCCCCAGUUCCUGCCUGCACUAUCGGAGCAGGAUGCAGCUGUGCUCUCAUUGGUCACCACAGAGGCAGACCUAAAGAUGGUGGAGGAUGACCUAGAGGGGGAGGUGGUGAUGGUGAGGCUGGGGGUAGGAGGAGACGAGGUAGAGGGGGUUUGCUACACAGAGCUGAAGCCCUCCACCACCCUGCUGGUUCCUCUGGAGCUGGUGGAGGGUCAUGCCCUGGCCGACGGCGCCCACCUGGGGCUCAUUGAGGUGGGGGAAGGCAGCCAACCAGAGGUGGCCACCUCUGGAGCCCACAGCAGCUUCUCUCUGAUUCUGGAGGAUGGGGAUGACGAUGCAGACACUGUACCACUAGAACCCAGUAAGCAUCUGACCACAGAGGAGGCAGGUGGCACGUCUGAGACGCCUGUGACCGACCCGGAGGUCAUCUGCCUGAGUACGGACAACCAGGACACCCCCCUGGCUGCAGCUGAGCCCCUGCAGGAGCAGAAGACUGAGAUGGACACCCUGGAGGAGAUGGACACCCUGGAGGGGAUGGACACCCUGGAGGGGAUCAUGGAUAGCUGGACGGAGGCAGAGACUGGUGGAACUGAGGCCAUGUCAAUGGAGAAUGUUCCUCUAGUCACAGACGUCCUGCCUGAAUCCUUUGAGGCUAAACCAGCCAGAUCAGCUGAAGAUGUUGGCACAGACCAUGUAGAAGAGCCAGAUGAGAUCCCUGCUGACUCUGAACCAACCAAAGCAGAAGAGGCGUCACCAGUCCUGGAUGAGAAUGAGCAGCCGAACGGAGCGUUGGAGGAAAUGGAAGAGGAGACUCUCUCGUGUGCUCGUCGAAAGGAGGAGAUGGAGGCAGACGUUGUUGAGCUAGAAGAAGAGCGAGAGGAGCCCGUCACUGUCCCUGCAGACCAGCCUCUGUCUCAGGUAGAAAGCAAUGGCUCCAUCCAGUCAGAUAACCAUGAAAAUGUCCAGGGAGAAGCCAUAAGUGAGUUGGCAGCCAUACUUGAAGAAGAAGAAGCAGCUCAAACCGGAAAGCUCUCUAUAGCCAGGAAAGCCCCGUCCACUCCGACACGCAGGAUAACCAACCAGAGGAAGAUGGUGAAGUUUACCUCAGUGGAGGCGGAGAGGCCUGGGUCAGAGGACGAGAGGCCGGCGGGACAGACUGAGAUGGAGACAGACGCUCAGGUCCCAAUCACACCCAGACGGAGAACCAGGAGCUGCCGGCACGGCCAGGACUUCGGAGUUCCCGUCACACCUCGCCGAAGCGCUCGGAAAACUGAAUCCCAGCCAGAACCGGAGCCUUGGAGAGAGCAGGAGGAGAGGAAAAGGGAGGAAGAGGUCCCGGCGGCAACUGUGGUCCCAUCAAAGGCCACCCCGACCAAGCGGCGCACUCCACAGAAGGCCACUCCGAGGACGGGAACCCGCCAUACCAGGAACACCCAGGUUGGGAGCAACAGAGAGCGAACAGCCAUGGAUGAAACAGCCAACCAGGUGUCAGUUACACGCAGCGCUAGGAAGAGCACAACUGAAACCAAGACCCCAGCCGCCCAUACUCAGUCGGUGGUCCCUGAGGAGGAAGAGAAGGGGAAUGAUGAAAGGGCCAAACAGCCCAGCAGUCCAGGUAGGGUGACCCGCAAAUCGACCCGUGCGGGCGUGACCCUCGCCCUUUUCACAGAGGAAGUGGUUGCCCUGACCCCUCCCCGCAGCCGGAGGAAGACGAGGGGUGAAGGCACCGCUGAGAAGACGCCCUCCGCACUCGCCCUGGAUGACCCGCCCCUCAGCGUCUACCGUCGACCAACCAGGAGCCGCCUGUGGAACCACCAGGAGGACAUUCCUCUGUUGGAGACGCCGCUGGAGGUGGUCUCCGGAACGCCGGUGACCGACGCCCUCAUCCAGAGACUCCGUGACGAGGAGGUCAAGAGGGAAGUGGUUGAGGCCCCGGUCACAGAGAUGGUGAGAGUCAAGAGGAGAGUCACCAAGUCGUUGGGUCAGCGGUCGCCCUCUCCACUCCCGAUGGGAGACAUCAUGGUGCCUGAGGCCGACCAGGGAAGCCCCGUCAGGGACUCGUUCAUCUACUCACCACCUCGAAGGAGAACCAGAGGUAGGAGAGUAGAGUCUGCCGGUCAGAAUGACUUGUCUGCGCCUCCUGUUACUCGUACCAGGCGACCGGCGGACACCACUGCAGCACAGCCUGAUAACGAGGAAAAGAACUCAUCAGAAGACGAUGUGGAGAAAGAGACGGCUGCUGCUAAAACCAAAGCACCCAAGAGGCGAACAACCAAGCGCAAUGCAGCGCCCCCUCCCCCAGCCAAGGUGGAUUUAAUCUCUCCUAUGCCCAGCCCAGCCAAGCCCACCCCGCGCACCACGAGGAGGCUGGUGGAGGAGAACGAUGCCCCAGCCUCCCGGAUGAACCUCCGACGCAAACGAGUGCUGGAGGCAAUCUUCCCCAAACCAGUCACCCGCAGGAAGAAACUAUGAUCGGAUGCCAAUUUAGCCCUGAACAAACUACAGCAUCAACUUGGAAUCUUACAGACUGUCAGAACUCAUAGGGUGAAUCUCCUCGUCUCCUUUCCUUCAACUGCCCUGAAAAAUAGGGUGGGGGGGAAAGUAGUAAGGUGCCUGCUGGGUAUUUGCUUUUCAAUACACUAUAACACAGAUGAAGAAAAGGAGACAGAGGAAUCCAUUCUAGAGAUGCAACUGUGGACUGAACUCCUAACUUUACUCUGAGGAAACUAUUUUAUCCAGAUUUUCUUUUAACGGUUACAGCCUGUUUUUUUUUUUUUGUAUUUAUGACAGACAACCAGUGGAGAAUUUUUUUUUUAAAUGAAUUAAGCAAAUUUAAUUGGAUAUUGAUCAAAUAAUUUUCUAUAAAUUAUUGUUAUGUUUACAGGGCGGAAGACUGGGGGACUUGAACACCAAAAAAGUGUUUUUUAUUUCUGGAGAAUUCUUAAAUUUCUAUAAAUUGAUGCGUAUGUAAAUAGUCUCUUUUGCCAUGUUAUGAAUAAAGUUGAAUACUUGUGAAUGAUCUGUGCUAAAUUUUAGUGUUUUGAAAAUGUUUGGCUCAUAAUCAUGAUGCCAAUAUCAGCCUUAAGACAAUUAUUUUACAGUUAAUUGCUGUUUUUCGAGUGAUUUAAAUUGCAAUGAUUUGGAUUAUUUUGGCUUUUUUUCCUGUACAGUAUCACUAACAUGUAUAUAACCUACACAGUAAAUCCACUGGGGCUGAUGAGGCUUGUUUUAAGGUCAUUUAUUUGACCAGCAUAACAUGCCGAUGAAUGUAGAAUGUCUUAUUUUCCAUGACUGCUCUUUGACAAUACGGUAAAGCUGAAGUAUUUCAUUGA